AAAAAGAAAAAAGAAAUAUUGGCAACAGUUGUUAGCUCAGGUGCCAAUCUUUAAAAAAACAAAAAGAAUUAUGUUUAUACUGUAGUCUUUUCCGUGUGCAAUAACAUUCUGUCUUAAAAACAACAUAGCUACCUUACUUAAGAAAUAACUUUAUUGCUAAAAAACGCUAACCGUCAUCUGAGCCUUCAGCGAGUCGUAAUCCUUUUGCUGGAGGCAGGUCUUGUAAAAAAACGCAGUCUCUGCAGAGCGCACUAAGGCCACGUCUGCCUGUCCCUAGUUUUGGUGACUAUUUUCCAGUUCUCAAAAUCAUCUUCGUUUUUAGAUGGGCCCGUCUGUUUUGACAGUGUCCUGCCCCUUCUGCUUCUGACCCCUUCUUUCACAUUUUGACCUUACGCAUCCUUGUCUUAGAGUCUCUGCCAGACACAGGUCGUACCUCAAGCCAAGGGCAUCCUUUCGUAUCGUCUGACUCCCUUUCAUGGCUGAUUCUGUGUAAUUUCGGACGUGACUCCUGGCCAGCCCGGGGCCUCUAUCUGCCGGCCUCCUGGGUGGUCUGUUCCGCAGGCAGGUCCUUCCCCAUGGCUGUGGCUUUGCCCCAGGAGCCCGGCCUCUGCCCGUUUGGGGUGCGGGCCUCAGCUCCGGGGCCCUGUCUCUACGUGGCCACAAAACCCCACACCCCUUGGUUGCUGACGUUGGCACCUGGGCCCGCCCUGCUUUUCAACCUUCCAGGGGCUGAGCUUUCUGGGGCUUCCCUUAUUUUCUUACAAGCUAGUGACGCAUUUCUUUUAUCCAGCAUUGGCAGGUGUGCUGUAGUCGGGGGGCUGUUGGGGUUUGUGGGCAGUAAGGCUGCCGGAAGCGGAAUUUGGCAGCACUCGCUACUUUUGGACCUGUCUUCCGAGCAAUCGGCUGGGGGCCGGAUGUCAGGUCUCCGUCUCACCCGUGGCUGGAAAGUGCAGGUGGAAACUUCCCCACCCCGUUCCACAGGCCCUUGGCUGCCGAGCGGGAAUGCCUGGGAUGUCAGGCUAAUUCCUAGGAAUGUCCCAGGUCGGUCCAAGCUCCCUCCCCACCCUUCCGCCAGGCCUUUUGGGGGACAGCAGGCACGAAGCCCUUGCGCCUCGCCCUGGCAGUUCCCCCCAUGCCCUCCCUGCCACGCGGACCACGGUCCAAGCCACCCCCUGCCAGGCCAGGCCAUGCGCCCUGGCGGUCAGGAGCAGGGGCCUUGCAUUGAGCAGGACCUGGGUUCAAAUCCCGGUUUUUCUUAAUUGUGGGUGACUCUGAACGUGUGAUGUCUUUUUGUCUGAAAGUCACCUUCAUAUUCGUAAGCACUGCAAUGAGAACCACCACACCAGAACUGGCGAAGGGAUCCGCUGGGGAUGGAGUUCCCGUCAUUCCCAGGCUUUGGCUGAAACGAAACCUGCGACGGGUGCGUCCCCGAAGGUUUCCUGGGUCAGAGGGAUGCGGCUGACAGUUUCAGCGGCCAGUGCUCAACUGUGACCAGUAUACGCCCCUGCCCGCAGCGCGGGACGGGCCUGAGUCCCAGACGCCCCCCAGCCGUGGGGAAGCGGACUUCCCACUUCCCACAAGAGUUUUGCCACCCGGGUGCAGAGCCCCAUCCGAGUUGGAACCCACUCUCCUCUGCGUGAGAUUGAGCAUCUUCAAACGCACAUAAGCCGUUUGUAUUUCCUUUGCCUCAAAACCUCUCGCAAGCUCCUCAGUGCCUGGCACCCUGUUAAACACUAAAUGCACCGUCUGUCCUCAGAACCCCAUGGGGGGGACUCUGAUUAGCCCCCUUCAUGGGUGACGAAGGGAGACUCACUUCCCCGGGUCACGGGCCGGGCAUGGAAGUCACCGGAAGGUGCCGCUGGCCCGGAGCCCCAGUGGGGCGCAACCUCCCCUCCCACCCUGAUGCCCUUGGACCCCAGGAUGCGCCUGGAUCCCAGGGGCCUCAGGUCGGCCUUCUAGAGACCAGAGGCCCUGCAGAGUGAGCUUCCCGUCCCUCGUGUCCCAGCUUUGGCUGUCCCCGGGGCCUCUCCCUCUUCCUGUUUUGACACUGGCCCGGCCCAGCCCGGAGACACAGGCAUGAAGCCUUAAUCCUCCUGGAGGGGCCGUGAUGGAGGAUUCUGUCAGCUCGCCUCUUCCCCGCACACAGGACCUGCCUGUCACCAUGGCCACAGGAAGACUCCUGCUCUGCUCUCUGCUGCUCCUGUCGCUGCAGCUGGGCUUCGGUGGGGACCCUGGUGCUCGGGGAGCUCUGGUGGCGGAGAGACAGCUCCUGUCUGAGCUGGCAGCACACAGAGGGACCCAGAAGCCACAGCUGGGUGCCCGCCUGCGCCGAGCCGCGGCCAGCCAGUGCCAGCUGUGGAGCCUGUCCCUGCCCGUGGCAGAGCUGGGCCUGGGCUACACGUCGGAGGAGACGGUCAUCUUCCGCUACUGUGCCGGCAGCUGUCCCCGUGGCGCCCGCACCCAGCACGGCCUGACGCUGGCCCGGCUGCGGGGCCAGGGCCGAGCCCACGGCGGGCCCUGCUGCCAGCCCACCCGCUACGCUGAUGUCGCCUUCCUCGAUGACCACCACCGCUGGCAGCGGCUGCCCCAGCUCUCGGCGGCUGCCUGCGGCUGUGGUGGCUGAGGAUGCCCGGCUAGAGGUCCUGCAGCCACACGACAAGCGCUGCUGACUUAUUUCUUGGAGAUACGGAUGCCGAGAAGACGAGAAGGGGGGGUGGGCUGGGGCCACAGCAAGGGGCACAAUAAAGUAAAUUGCUCCUGUGGCCUCGUAACUGUGUGUUCAGCCGGGAUGUGCCGUGACCCUGCCAGUUU